AUGGGGGCCCCCGGAAGCCACCCGCCCCCGCACCGGACCCCACACCCUGGCUUGUCCACCCCCCAGUGGCUAAGGGACCCACAAACCCAACAGGCCGAAGCCCAGAAGCAAAGAAAUACGCCGCGACGAGAAGGCUCCACCGGGCCGGAACAACCCCCGCAGCUGCAGCCGCGCCUCUCCGGGGCUACCCCCGACAAGCCCAGAAACCUGUUGCCGCCGCGACGGAACCACCGCCGAAUGCCCCCACGCCCGCAUUCGGAUAAGGAGAAACCAUAUAAAUGUUUGGAGUGUGGCUGCCGCAUCUGCACAAUCCGCCUCUGUGCAGCCUGGGUUGUGCUAGGCCAUGCAGAAGCCAAUUGUGCAGCUUUGAUGUUGGGAGUCUUUAUUAAAUAUCACAAGUCUCCAAUGGUCAGAGCCAACAACCGAGACCUCUCCUACAUUCUCCUCGUCUCCCUCCUCCUUUCUUUCUUGUCAUCCUUUCUGUUCAUUGGCCAGCCUGGGAGAGUAACCUGCCUUCUCCGACAAACAACCUUCAGCAUCAUCUUCUCAGUUGCAGUCUCUUCUUUGUUGGCAAAAACCAUCACUGUGGUGGUGGCAUUCAUGGCCACAAAGCCAGGUAACAGGAUGAGGGGAUGGCUGGGGAAGAGUUUGGCCAACUCCAUUGUUCUUUCUUGUUCUGGUAUUCAAGUUGGCAUCUGUGCCAUCUGGUUGGGAAUCUCUCCACCCUUCCCAGACUCCGACAUGCACUCCCAGCCUGGACAGAUCAUCCUGCAGUGCAAUGAAGGCUCAGUGGCCAUGUUUUAUACUGCCCUUGGCUACAUGGGCUUCCUGGCUGCCAUCUGUUUCAUGGUGGCUUUCCUAGCCAGGAAGCUGCCUGGGGCAUUCAACGAAGCCAAGUUGAUCACCUUCAGCAUGUUGGUCUUUUGCAGUGUUUGGGUGUCCUUUGUGCCCGCCUAUCUGAGUACGAAAGGGAAAUACAUGGUGGCUGUGCAGGUCUUCUCCAUCUUGGCCUCCAGUGCUGGAUUACUGGGCUGCAUUUUUAUUCCCAAAUGCUACAUUAUAAUGUUGAGACCUGAUCUGGAUACAAAGGAGCACCUCAUGAUGAAAAGUAAAGAUGGUGCCUGA